CCAGCUCUAGUUGAGGAACAUCGAAUUUGUUGCAUCUCUAAACGAAAGUGAAAACGGAAAAUAAAUAAAUUCAAUUAAACUAAGCAGCAGACGCUAACAUAAAACUUCAGCUAAACGUAACUAUUUAGUGGGAAAGUAAUACGGAAUAAACGGCAACAUGUGCGGCGGUUUCACCUGCUCGAAGAAUGCGCUCAUUGCGCUCAACAUUUUGUAUGUGAUGAUUGGAUUCCUGCUGAUUGGCGUGGGCGUGUACGCACGUGCCGCCUCCAUCGUAACCAACCUGCCGAUUGUGGGCGGAAUCCUGGCCUGCGGGGUCAUCCUCAUCUGCAUCUCCAUGCUGGGACUGGCUGGUGCCGUGAAGCACCACCAAGUGAUGCUGUUCUUCUACAUGAUAAUCCUGUUCAUGCUGUUCCUGAUCCAGUUCUCCAUUGCCAGUUCCUGUCUGGCCGUCAAUUCAGAGCAGCAGCAGCAGUUUGCCGAGCAGGGAUGGAUGACGGUGCCCAAGGAGUUGCGCCAGCAGGUGCAGGACAGCCUGAGAUGCUGCGGAUUUAAUGCCACCGGACCGAGUACUACCGCCGCCGUAGCUCCGCAGGAAGAGCCCACCUGUGAACUAAUCAAUCGGCAAUGCUGUGCCGGGUCUACUGAUCCCGACUGUCGUUGCCAGCCUUGCGGACCCUUGCUGGAGGAUAAGAUCGACUAUGCCUUUAAGCUGUGCGGAGGUCUUGGCAUCUUCUUCAGCUUCACUGAGGUGCUGGCUGUAUUCCUGGCUCGUCGCUAUCGCAAUCAACACGAUCCCUGUUACCUGCCCGCCCGCGCCGUCUUUCCCCACAAUUAUCUGUAUUGAUCGGAUGCAACCUGGAAGUGAACCAUUUUAGUCAAAGGGACGAAGGCUGAUUCUUAUUUUUACAAAACAAAGAAACACGUUUCCUAGCGAGAAUCGAAUCCAAACUCGAACAAAGAGAUUACUCUAAGGAGGAAGAGGAAUGAAGGGAGGAGUCAAAAUGUGCUCAACACUGCUUCUAUAUUUUAUACAUAUAUAUUUCUUCGUAUCAUUAUAUUUUCAUAGAUUGCACAAAGUUAGUUGUUAAUAAACACCCCAUUGAGAUUAUGUUAAGCUGUAGUACCCUAAGUUGAACUGUUUCCAACGCCUCGGUUAGCUCUUAAUGCCUUUCUUUGCAACUCGCAACAAUCAUGGACAACUUGACGUGACGCGACUUCGAACUACUGUACCACUACGAGACAAACAUUUCAACAACCUGAUCUUAAAGUAGAACUAACAACCAAGUCAACAAUUGUAACUAGCAACGUAAUAAGUAUACAUCAACCUAUAUACAAAAACGUACUUGCAUUACGGCCUCAUAAUGGCGUAUAAACAAUACUCUAAAUGUUAGUUGUGUGUUAAACUUAAAAACUAGCGACAAAAGUCCGCAAAAUAACAAAACAAUACAAAAAAAAAGAGUAAAGUAUACAUGUCAACAAUUAUA